AUGACCAUACCAAAGCCUGAGCCGAGAAAGGUCCUCGCGCCUGCAUCAACCUUUCUCAUGAUCCCUAAAGCGACCAAAUCCUUCCCAACCCCACCCAAGAUGUCAGACACUAUGCCAGCUUCCAACCUCUCAGACUCCAGGCCGUAUGCAGACUACACCGAGAGCGGCACCAUUGUAGUAAUCAGCCAACCCGCGGGACAAUCGUGCGCAGUUGUCGGGGGUAUCAUGGCAGCGCGCAUGCAGCAUCUAGGUGCAGAGGGAAUUGUAGUCGACGGUCGGGUGCGAGACAUUACGGCUCUUAAUCAGACGCAGCUUCCCGUCUGGUCCAAAGCGACAUCUGUCAUUGGCGCAGGGGCUGAGACCAAGUUUCAUGCAUACAAUGUGCCGGUAAGGAUUGGCGAGACGGUGGUUGAAGCAGGCGACAUCAUAAUGAUAGACCCAUUUGAGAAUGGUGUGGUCGCGGUGCCUCAGGGCAAGGUGGAGGAACUACUCGAGUUGCUGCCUAGGCUGGUCGAGGCGGACGAGAAGGUGGUUGCGGAUGUCGGAAGCGGCCUGAGUGUGGAAGAGGCAUUCAGAAGGCACAGGAACUAG